AUGGCUGAUACUAUACCUACAAGUGAAGAAUAUUCUAGUGUAGAUUUACUCAUAGGAAAUGAUUAUUAUUUGGAUAUCAUACUCUUACAGAAGAUGGAAGUACAGCCAGGAUUGUAUCUUCUUGCCUCAAAACUUGGCUGGAUUCUAACGGGUCGUACAAACGAUGAUAACGAUGCAAACAGUACAAGUGAAUCAAACAUGCUUGUAUUAACUUACGGUACAGAAAUAAGAAAAACAAGUGUUUUUACAAGUGUUGACUCCACUGUCCCAACAAAACCAGAUUUAGAUGACUUCUGGAAUCUUGAAACUAUUGGAAUCACAGAUAACGCAAAGGAGUAUAAUGAUGAAUUAGCUAAACAAAACUUUAACGAAACCUUGACAUAUCAAAAUAAAAUGUACCAAGUAACAUGGCCUUGGAAAGAAAAAAGCCCAGAUCUACCACAAAAUCGAGGACUAGCGAUGUCAAGACUGAAAUCAAAUGUGGCAAGACUGAAAAACAAGCCUGAUGUGCUGAACAAAUAUAAUGAAGUAAUCCAAGAUCAGUUGAAUAAGGGCGUGAUUGAAAAGGUCGAUAAGAACGUUCAAGACGGACCCAUGCAUUACAUUCCACACCACGCAGUUGUUACACCACAGAAAUCAACAACAAAAUUACGUAUAGUAUAUGACGCAUCUGCUAAAACGAAACUUGGAAAUAAAAGCCUCAAUGAAUGUCUUUAUCGUGGCCCUGUGAUGCUUCAUGAUCUUGUUGGAUUACUGAUGCGAUUCAGAUUACACCAAGUUGCAGUGGUAGCAGAUAUCGAAAAGGCAUUCCUUCAAAUCGGAUUGCAGCCAAGCGAACGAGACGUUACAAGGUUUCUUUGGAUAAAGGAUUUUAACAAAGCUUACACAGGAGAGGGAAAUAUUCAGGAGUAUCGUUUUUGUCGAGUUCCAUUCGGCAUUAUCUCAAGUCCUUUUUUGUUGGGUGCAACUAUUGAGUACCAUCUAGACUCUUACCAUAACAGCAUUGCCGACAAAGUUAAAGAUGACAUAUACGUAGAUAAUGUCAUUACGGGUACCGACAGUUACGAAGAAGCAUUUGAACUGUAUAGAGAAAGCAAAAGGAUGUUUUAA